UAAUUAAUCGCGCGUUGCGAGAUUUCGACCAGUUUGAAAAAAUACACACAACAAUUAAAAUUACCGAACGCGCCCCAGGCUUAUCGUCUGAGCUUACAAGUACAUGUGCAAGUUUAUGGGAAGCGCGUUGGCUCCGACCCACGUGCGCUUAAUUCCAAAUCUAGAAGGAAGAGAGGAUUUUGAUUUCGUUAUCCACGUCAGCCACAACACAUGAAUCAUGUUCUUCGUUCCCUUUCUUUCCUUCCUUUUGCUUUUACAAUCUCCUCCACAAUUUCCAAUUUUCUCUGCAACUUUCUUCCUUCUCAUUUCAAUGUCUCUUCAUCACUUCUUUCCAUCAAUAUGAACUCCAUUCUUUCUUCUUCUUCUUCUUCUUUUGAUUUCUCACAGAUUCUCUGUCCUUGUAAAAAUUCAAACCUCAUUUACCCUUCAAUCCCUUUAUCCAAACGGAGGAGGAAAAAGCUUCACAAGUUCUCUUUCCGUGCUUGUGUAUUUCCCACUAAUGGCACUGGUAAUUCAACCAGGCUUCAUACACGAGCGCGAACCCUUCUUCUCAAACAAAUUGUUAAUGAAUUGGAGACCGAACAUGAGAUUUCGGAUGAAUCAGCUUCCUCAUCAUCUUCGUCGUCUAUCCAAAUGGGCUCAAAUUUCACUGGUUUCCAAGAAGAUCCUAUGCUAGACAAGUUAAGAACUCAAUUGGGAGUCAUACACCCAAUUCCAUCUCCUCCAAUUAAUCGAAAUAUUUUUGGGUUAUUUGUCUUUUUCUUCUUUGUUGGGGUAGUUUUUGAUAAGCUAUGGACUUCUAGGAAGAUGGCCAAGAUGGUCGGCGGAGGCGAGCAGCGUGGGCCGUGGCCGCAAGUUCCCACAAGUUUUUCGUUAUUCUUGGAGAAGGAUUUGCAGAGGAAGGAGUCGGUGGAGUGGGUGAAUAUGGUGUUAGGCAAAUUGUGGAAGGUGUAUAGACCCGGGAUUGAGAAUUGGAUUUUUGGGUUGUUGCAGCCUGUCAUUGAUGAUCUGAAGAAGCCUGAUUAUGUGGAGAGAGUUGAAAUUAGGCAAUUCUCCUUGGGAGACGAGCCAUUGUCUGUCAGGAACGUUGAGCGCAGAACAUCACGCCGUGUCAACGAUUUGCAGUAUCAAAUAGGCCUCCGGUAUACUGGUGGUGCUCGCAUGCUGCUAAUGCUUUCACUAAAAUUUGGAAUUAUCCCCAUUGUUGUCCCAGUUGGUGUUCGAGAUUUUGACAUUGAUGGUGAACUGUGGGUCAAAGUGCGGUUGAUACCAUCCGAGCCUUGGGUGGGAGCUGUUUCAUGGGCUUUUGUGUCCCUUCCGAAGAUCAAAUUUGAACUGUCACCAUUCCGCUUGUUCAAUUUGAUGGCAAUACCUGUUCUCUCAAUGUUUUUGACGAAACUUCUUACUGAGGAUUUACCUCGACUAUUUGUUCGUCCAAAGAAGAUUGUCUUGGAUUUUCAAAAAGGAAAAGCAGUUGGCCCUGUUGCAAAUGAUUUCAGAUCAGGAGAAAUGCAAGAAGGCAACAAUGAUUUUGUUGGAGAGCUAUCAGUUACUCUUGUAGAUUCUCGGAAACUUUCCUAUGUCUUCUAUGGUAAAACAGAUCCAUAUGUUGCUCUAAGCCUGGGAGAUCAAACCAUACAUAGUAAAAAGAACAGUCAGACCACUGUCAUUGGGCCUCCUGGUCAGCCAAUUUGGAAUCAGGAUUUUCAUAUGCUUGUUACAGAUCCUAGGAAACAAAAAUUAUACAUCCAAGUGAAAGAUUCCCUUGGAUUUACAGAUUUCACUAUUGGUACUGGAGAGGUUGAUCUAGGAUCUCUCCAAGACACAGUACCAACAGACAGGAUUGUGGUUUUACGAGGAGGUUGGGGACUGUUCAGAAAAGGCUCCUCUGGAGAAGUACUACUUCGACUAACUUAUAAAGCAUAUGUUGAGGAUGAAGAUGAUGACAAGACUGCAGUGGAGUCCAUUGAUACAGAUGCUUCAGAUGAUGAGUUGUCUGAUUCUGAAGAAUCAAAUGCUACUUCCAUGUCAACUGAAAGGGAGUCAUAUAGUGAAUCAGAUAAAGAGUCAUUUAUGGACGUUCUAGCAGCUUUAAUUGUCAGUGAGGAAUUUCAAGGGAUCGUGGCAUCUGAGACAGGAAGCAACAAAGUUUCGGAUGAUGUCUCAGCUGCAGCAUCACGUAGUCUUAAUACUGAAUCAAUUCCUUCAGAUCUGAACAACAAUCCUGAAGGUUCUGGAGGAUCAGUCAUAUUCUGGCUUGCUGUGUUUACAAGCAUAUCGGUUCUAAUUGCUGUCAAUAUGGGUGGCUCAAGUUUCUUCAACCCUUGAUAUGACAUGGAAAAGCUUGCAAAGAGUUGGUUUUAGUACUCCUGCUUAAGAAAGCAAUUCCUAAAUCUUCUUUCUCCUUAUCUGGGCAUUUGUUGUCAGUAGAGGAAACACCAUAAUUCAGCAAGCAUGGAAUGGUGGACCCAUUUGGUUAACUUAAAAAGGGGACGAGAAUUUAAAUGGUAAUGACAUAUUCCCACUCUUUUAAAGUGCAGAAAUCACUCUAUAAGUUUCAUGCUCUUAAUUUUCAGUGUCAUUUUGAACUUAAUUAAACAAUUAAUAUUUUAUUUAAAAUGGUUUUAUGAUUUUAUGAUGUUUUUAGAAAAGAGUUGCGGAUUUGACAUGAUCUUCAUUUGAUUUGCAACAUUGUUUCAUUGCAGGUUGAGACGGUGAAGCAAAGGGCAAACCCACCCUCACAUGAUGGGGAUUCUUACCUCCUAGUUGGUUUUUAGUAGAGAAAUAUUCUUUUGGCGGCUGGAAAUUGAUGAAUUAGGUGUCAUUUUUAUAUAUUGGUUUUGGUUGGGUAUUUACUGUGAAUGUGAAGUGAGAGCAUUCAUUAUUUUUGCCGAUUUAUUUUUAAUUGUAAUUUAUAUCUCAAUUGCUAUUAUUUAUAAAAAUUGAAUCCAUAAAAUUUAUUCUA